AUGCCAGCAUCAACGAUGCCUCCUCUCGAUGAAGAAGAGAGUCCGCGAUCAUACUGCGACUGCUGCGGGCCGUUAACCUCCCUCGCCCGGCCCGUCGAUGUGUCGGAACUAGAUGACCACGGCAUCGUCCAAAACGCCUUCUGCUUCCCGCCCAUUUUCGGACCCCUCCUCUUCGACAACGAGCAGAGCGACUGCCGCGAUCACUGCGCCAAUGAACGAACCUUCCUCUCGUACCUCCGCCUUUCCAUGUACAUGUCCAUCGUGGCCGUGGCCAUCGUACUGUCCUUCCACCUGCGCAAGACGGCAUCCGACGUCGAGCUGCGCAUGGCCAAGCCGCUGGGCGCCAUCUUCUGGGUGCUGUCGAAACGGUCAAUAAGUACAGUCGGAGGGCGGCUAUUGUGCAGAGUGGGUGGAAGACGCAGGCUGUGA